AUGGCGCUCCUGGCAAGUCCCAGCCGCGGUCUCGAUACCGCCGUCUCUGGAGACAUUGCGCAGCAGGGCGGGACAGACCUCACUGACCGCACCACACAGAGAGAGUUCCGGGCCUACAUCUCAGCUCAGAUCGACAGGCGGUUCGCGGGCAGUCGGGACGUCGAAUUGCCCGUCCUGCUCGCCGAGAGCUACCUUGGCGCGCCGAGCAGCCGUGCACCGGCGUUGACAUCGGCGUCGGCGUCGGCAUCGACGUCGGGAGCGAGGGCCAAAAUGGACGCCAAAAAGGACGACGUGGAACAGGUCAUGCUCAUGGUGCGCAAGCUCAGGGAAGGCUGCGUGGCAUCCGGGCACCUAGACGCCUUCACACUGGAUGUCUACGAGCUGUCCGUCUAUCUCGCCCUGCUCUGUCUCAACAUCCCGCAGCUGGCUUCGAGCCUGCCAAGACUGGUCCUGGAUCUGUACCCCGCGAUACCCCUCGAGACCGACACGAUACCAUCGCCCGAAGGUCGAAACGUCAUGGAAGACGUCGAACACAUCGGAGUCGACUCUCGCUUCGCGGUCGGCCAGGCAGCGUCGUCCUCGCCAGCGGAUCUGCUGGUCCUCCGUGCCCACAUGGCAAGCCUGCUACUCCUACGCUCGCUGUGCCUCUCGAGCCACGCUAGCCGCCUCGGGCAGUACGCCUCGGCGCCCGCAGCGGCGCAGGGCGCAUCCCUGUCCUCGUCGCUCAAGGAGUACCCCGCCCUGCGACAGACAGUCCACGCAUCCCUCGACGACCAGGCCAAGUCGAUCGGCCUUUCUGCGCUGCCAGACGGGGCGACGGCGGCGCUCGACGUGGCAGAGCAAGUCUACCGCAUCGUGCGCGACGCCAACGUGUUCCAGCUGCAUCGUCUACUGUCGUCUCACGGCGCACUGACGAUCUGGCAGCGCAUCCUCGUCCUCCAGGUCGUCCCCACCUUGAGGGAGGUGGCGUGGCGCACGGUACGUCGAGCCUACCUCCACGUCCCUGUGUCCUCGCACGUGGCCAUCCUGGCGAACGCAACGACGACCUCGGCGCCGCAGACGCCGAGCGGUGUUGCGGCCGCCCGCAGAGACGGCGACUGGAUCACGAGGGUCCUCGUGCUCGGCGCAGACGCCCUACCUGAACCGCCGGCCCAGGACGGCACGGUCGGGCAGCCCACGCGGCCUGCACCACGGCCACGAACGCAAGGCCACGACGUGCCCGACGAAUGGGACGCCGACGACCCGCACGAUGGCGCGGCUGCCGACGACGACGACGAGCUCAGCACGCGGCUGGCAGCUACGAGCCUCGCGGCCGGCGCCCCUGGAGCCAUCGAGGGCCGACGGUUGUUGGACUUUAUCUCGUCCUCCUCGUCGUCUGCGGCCAUCGCGAGCGAAGAGGUGCGGGCGCGCGUGUCGGAGACCAAGGACGGGACCUGGAUUCUCAAGGUCAAGUGA